AUGCCAGAAGCAUACGCACCCAGUCUGGGAGCCGGCCUCACCCUUCUCAUCCUCUUCGGACUUUCCUCCACCUCCGCCAAGAUAUUUGGUACACUCAUCGCUACCCUGGUCGCCGGAUGUCUCGUCCUUCGGUUUCAGUACCCUUGUCAUUCUCCUUCAUCACUCAUGCAGGUCGUCGACAGAGCUAGAGCACUCUUCGACAAGUGUCUGACUACGCAUGCAUUUGACGAAGGGGAAUAUGACAGAUACAAGGCGUCUCUUCAGCAAAUCGUUGCUGAUGCCUCUGGAAUAGCGUCCAGAACAUAUCACAACCCGUACAGACGACGCUCGAGGCAUCAUGAUUAUCGCAAGAGGUGUUUAUUCUUGUGGAAGAGGUUGAAAGAUAUUGUGGAGUGUCACUGUGAGAUUCAACUACUCAUGCGCGAUUUGGAGAUUUGCUUGAUGCGAGCCUCUCAUUCUCGUGCGGAAUUCGAAAUACAGCGGAUUCCCCGUUUGACGCGCUCAAACUCGGAGGUUUUACGCGUCGCUGAUGGACAUAGUGUUGAUAUGGCUGCAGAUACACUUGUGUAG